UGUCAACCGGGGCAGUCACUGUUCAUUGCCCCUGCCCUCGGCGCGCGUUCUCCUAGCUUCUUUGUGACGCCCCCCUCCGGGCAAUCAGUUGGGUAUGAUAAGAUAGCGGUCGUUAAUGCGCGUUCACUUGUUGGCUCUGCUGGUUUCCGUCAUUCAUCUCCGCCCCUUCAAAUCAGUUCGUUUGAUUGUCUCUUCGCUAUUCCAACCACGAAACCCAUCUCGACUUCGAACAAAGUAUCGCAUCGAUCCUACGUACUCCAUCAACCUUGUAGCUUUCUCUCCAUACGCCUGGGCCGACUUCAUCAUCCAUCACCAAAGCCAAAAUGUCAACCGCUGCCCGCCGCCGGCUCAUGCGAGACUUCAAGCGCAUGCAAACCGAUCCUCCCGCUGGUGUUUCCGCCUCUCCCGUACCCGAUAAUGUUAUGACAUGGAACGCCGUGAUCAUCGGACCCGCCGAUACGCCCUUCGAAGAUGGCACCUUCCGCCUGGUGAUGCACUUUGAGGAGCAGUAUCCCAAUAAGCCUCCUUCGGUCAAGUUCAUCAGCGAGAUGUUCCACCCCAAUGUUUACGCCACUGGCGAACUUUGUCUCGAUAUCCUUCAGAACCGCUGGAGUCCUACGUACGACGUCGCGGCUGUUCUUACCAGUAUUCAGAGUUUGCUCAAUGACCCGAACACAGGAUCGCCUGCAAACGUCGAAGCCUCCAAUCUAUACAAGGACAACCGCAAAGAAUACCACAAGAGGGUCCGGGAAACUGUUGAGAAGAGCUGGGAGGAUUGAAUAGUGACGACAUUUAUCACCACGGGGCCCUCAAUGGCAAAAAGCCAAUGAUUGAUCUGGGUGCUGCAAGUCGGUGUUGAUAUUGCUCACUGGGCUGUUCGAUACAGAUCUCUUGGCUAUAUCAACAGUCAGUUGUCGACCGACGACGAGUUGCGAGAUGAUCCACAUUCGAGGAUACCCGGCGGUUUGGCCUUUUAGGGCGUGAGGGUGGAACGGAUGUCGUGAUAUUACAUUGCAUUUGGGAGGCGUCGUUCUUUCGGGGCGUUUUUGUUGUAUUUCAAAUAUCCGCAUCUCUCGCCUAUUGAUGGCUGAGAGUCAGCCUGCUUGUCUGCAAUGGAGAGAGCGGGAGUGCUUGGUUUUUCUCACUCUUUAGGGCGAUUGUCGGGUUUGGAGUUUAGGCGCUCGUAUCAUACCAACACAAGCACAUCUGGCGAGGGCAGUCCCUGGAUACCUCAACUCACCCCAAAAAGCCCUAGAUAGCGUUCUUUUCUUUUGUCUUAGAGAUGAAGAGAUGGCAUAGUGUCUUUCAUUGCAAAAAGCUCACCAUGUUAUGUCGGCCGGCUUAGAUGUACGAGUUUCCAGAGAGUCUUGCAUUUCUCAGCUUUCCUCUGUUUCUUUGACGAAAGUGUACAUGACCCCGCUUGGUGCCUUACAUCCACAUGAUUUAUAUCACCUAUACCUAAGGCUGA